UCUUUCUUUCUUUCUUUCUUUCUUUCUUUCUCCCCAUCCUCAACACAAAUUUUUAUUUUGAAAAAAAAAAAUUAAAAAUAGAAAUAAAAAUGCAACAUGGAUAUGGAGAUGAAGAUGUAAGUGGAUGUGGAGUUUCAGGAAUUCACUACUCCAUUUCCAAUCCUAAUCCUAGCACUACUCCUCACUACAUGCAACACCAAAUGCAGCAUUUAUCUUAUUUUAGUCCCAUCCCUGUGUCUCAACAAGUCCAUCUCUUUCAAGAUCUCAAUGAAGAACAAGAGUCCUCAAUAAAAGAACCAUUUUGGAGGCCAUUGGACUUGGAUUACAAAAAGGAGAAGGAUAACUACAAGAUCUUUAGUGAGCUUGAAGCCAUUUGCAAGCCUACUAGUGCUAAUGCAAUUGCACAAAAUGAUGAGAAGAAGAGGAAGAAGAAGAAGAAGAAGAAGAAAAGGAAGAAGGAACAAAGGUUAAAUUCUAUUGUGUUGUUCUUCGAAAGCCUUACGAAGAAACUUAUCGAGCAUCAAGAAGAGCUUCAUCGGAAAUUUUUGGAUGCAAUGGAGAAGAAAGACCAAGAAAGAAUGAGAAAACAAGAAGCAUGGAUGAAGCAAGAAGCCGAAAAGGCGAUGGCGAGAGCCGAAGAACAAGCUAUUUCUUCGGCAAGAGUGGCGACGAUUGUUUCCUUUUUGGAGAAUAUCACUAAAGAGAAUGCCAACCUAAUUCCUGAUGAAAUCAAUAAGGACAAUGAUAGAACAAUAUUUCAAGAAGCAGAAAAAGAAAAGAAUAUUGUUAUAAAUACCGACAUUAGAAUGUAUUCAAAUCGGUGGCCUAAGGCUGAAGGUGAAGCACUCAUUGGAGUUAGAAGUAAGUUGGAGUUUAUGUUCAAAGAGGCCGGAGUUAAAGGACAUCUUUGGGAAGAAGUGAGUUCAAGAAUGAGAAGAAUGGGGUUUAAUAGGAGUGCAAAAAGAUGCAAAGAGAAGUGGGAGAACAUCAACAAGUAUUUUAGGAAGACGAAGGAUAGCGGAAAGGCGAGACCGGUGAAUUCGAAGACAUGUCCUUAUUACCAUCAGUUAGAUCAAUUGUAUUCGUCUUCGUCAAUGGUGGCUUCUACUAGUUCAGAGCUUUUGGAUGCCAUUGUUGUGCCAAAUUAUGAGCAAGUGAGUUUCAAGUUUUCUGAAGAUGAAGAUGGAGAGUAUGAUGAUGAUGAUGAUGUUGUUGAUGAUGAUGAAGAAGAAGAAGAAGAAGAAGAGAAAGGUGAGAUUUAAGUGAAUGUGUUAUAGAGGUUUUUGUUUUGUUUUUGAAAUGAAAAAAAUCCAUGAAUGAAGUCAUGUGUUUUGAUUUUUUUCUUAAUUUUCAAUGGAAUUGAAGCUCAUUCUCUUCUUUGCUUAUGGCAUGCAACAAGAGAAGGGUCAAAUUUCUUAAUCACAAUGUGGACAACUUAUGUAUUAAUUUGAUAAUUAACUUUCUUUCA